CUCACAAAAGAAUCAUCUCCAAAUUCAAGAUGGAGCUCAAUAAAUUACAUUUUUCUACAAUUUUAUUAUUUUUCUUCUUCAAGACUGCUUCUCAGAUGCCCAUCCUCGAAGGAAUAAUGGACAUUCCGAAGAACAACACGCCCAAAGAUCUCCUUGCCGACACGUUAUUCAAAGCUGCGAUCAUCUUGAACAACCCGAACAAGCCCUUCGGUGACAUCGGAAAAGUCGUCGGGGAAAUUGCCACAAAGAGACUUUUGGAAAUCGGCAAAGAACUAAAAACAACGUUAGAAGCCAAAAAUUCCAAAAACGAAAAAUUAAGUGAAUUCAGUGACGAAAGCAGCGAUUUUUCCGAAUCGACAAGCCGCACAUCGCGUCAAGCACCUCCGCCAUUCCCGCAAAUCGAGACAGCAAUUAGAUUAAUUGGAUUGGCGAUUAAUUUGGGCACGACACUCUUGCCCGGCGCUAUUUUGAACGUAACGACAACGGCAAACGAGCAAUUCGCCCCCGCAGGUUGAUACUUUUUCACAACAGAAAAAAUAAAUAAACAAAGUGCAUACAAUUAAU